GGAAGUGCAAGGAGGCUGCUGUGCCAAAAAUAAUUAUUUUUUUGUUAUUUUUUGUAAUCCAAAUGCAAUUUACUGAAUUGUUACUCGCUGAUUAUACAAGAUGAUAUUGAGAUAGGAAAAUUUUACCGUAAUGCUGGAAAACCGUGCAAGUGAUUUUGACAGGACAAACGACAGCAGUAUACCGCAUAGAGGAUUUCAGCUGAAAACUAAUUAAUUUUUUCCUAAUUCAGCACUGUAACCGGUCAGUAUGGCAUCUCAUGACAUAAACAAGAUGUAAUGUGGAGUUUCCUUUGCCGUACCCUGAAAAAUGUGUCGAAAAUAGUGAUAAUAUGAUUUGACCCAGUUCUAGUGUGUGCAUUGACCUAUGGGUAUGAAUGCGGACUGUAGCGCGAUGUUAUUUUUAGGAUACAGCUUUGCAGAUAAUUAAAUAUUUAUAGAUGCCGUUUGUGAUAAAAUCGCAGUACAAAUUGCAAACGGUUGUCGCCGUGACCUUUAGUGGCUGAAAGUAGAUCGACAAAUAUUCCAUAAAUAACAAAACAUUUAUACCUAAUAAUGCACACAUACAGACUAAGUUGUGUAAUACAUUGACCAAAAUGAUAUUACAAAUUCAAGAAUGCAGUAGAGAAUGACUUCCUAUAAAGGGAUCAAUUUAUUAAUAGAAUUUUAUUUAUAAACAAUUCCCUUUCAAUAUAUAAUAAAAAAAUAAAAAUGUCUAAAUUGAAAUACGGAAUACACUGGUUGUGAUGAUGCAUUUGUCACCAUUAAAAUUAAGAGAAAAAAGGAGAACCGCAAAAUAGUUUGCAUAUCAUUUUGAAAAUAAAAAUGGGAUCUGUUUUAUGAGGACCUUACAAUGGUUACUUAAGAGAGAGCGAGACAAUAUGAUAGUAUUUGACUGAGUGGUUUAAAGGAACCGGGCCGUAGCCCUAAGGCCGGGGUCGCACUCGGCAGUGAUGAAGAAGCAAAAUGUUCGCACUCUAUCCUUAAUUGUGUGCACAUUUACUUACCUGUUGGUUGGUGCUGCUGUGUUUGAUGCUCUGGAGUCUACCACAGAGAGGAAUAGAUUUGAAGUCCUGCAAGCAAUUGAAGGCAUGAUAAUAAGGAAAUACAACAUAACAGAGGAAGACUUCCGUGUGAUGGAGACCGUAGUCCUCAAGUCGGAGCCACAUAAGGCUGGUCAGCAAUGGAAGUUCACUGGAGCUUUCUACUACGCCACUACUGUGCUUACUACUAUUGGAUACGGGCAUUCGACGCCGGCGACGAUCGGAGGCAAGUUGUUCACCAUGUUCUACGCCAUCGUCGGGAUACCACUCGGGCUCAUCAUGUUCCAGAGCAUCGGUGAACGGGUCAACAGGCUUAGCAGUGUGAUAAUAAAGUCCAUAAAGCGCGCGAUGAACUGCAAGCAAACUAGCGCUUCAGAAGUGGACCUCAUAUGCGUGGUGACGACUCUAUCAUCGCUGACCAUCGCCGGGGGCGCCGCCGCCUUCUCCAAGUUCGAGGGCUGGAGCUACUUCGACAGCGUUUACUAUUGCUUCAUUACUCUUACUACUAUUGGUUUCGGCGACAUGGUAGCGCUGCAGAAAGACAACGCGCUGAAUCGCAAGCCUUCGUACGUGAUGUUCGCGCUGAUCUUCAUCCUGUUCGGGCUGGCCAUCGUGGCCGCGUGCCUCAACCUGCUGGUGCUGCGGUUCGUCACCAUGAACACCGAGGACGAGAAGCGCGACCAGCAACAGGCCGAACAGGCGCAGCAAGUGGCAGUGCGGCUGGAGGGCGACGUGAUCACGGCGGACGGCGCCGUGCUGCGCGGCGUGUCGCGCGGCACGCGGCUGCCCGCCGACCCCAGGCACAUCUCCACUGGAGAUACGUCGCUGGUCCCGCUGUAUGUGGAUGACGACUACGCGCCGAGCGUAUGUAGUUGCUCCUGCAACUGCUUUGGACCUAACAAGUCCAUUUCGUACCGCGACCCGCUAUCCCCGGUGCCGCCAACCAACAUCAAGCAGAUCAAGAGCAAAACCUACCGCGAGUUGGGCAGUCUACCGCGCUACAUAGAGAAGUCUUCCUCAAAGAACCGCUCGCAAUCCUUACGGCUCAAUUCAGCCUCAGGCUACCUAUACAUGAACGCUAAGACAAACGAGUUCCAAAUAGACCCUGAAGACUUCAGGGAGAUAGUUGCCAAGAGGCGAGACCAGCUCCGUAGAGGCAUGAUGAUGUACGAGAUGCGAUACAACAACAACGAACAGUACCUCAACCCGUAUAGACAUAGCAUUAGCACCAGAAUGGAGACCAGCCCGCACAGCUCCUCCUUAUACUCAAUGAAUUUCAAGACAGACAACCGAAGCAACGAUCCCUUAGUAGACGAUUACGACUCAGAAAAAUCUAGUUACGCUAAGAAGAAGCUAAUGAAGAAUAUAGCAAGAAACACUAACACAAAGAAAGUGGAGAAUUAUUUCUACGAUGAUGCCGUGUUGCAUUUCGAUGACGAAUAUGCCUUUGACGGUUCAAUCUUGUUUGCUAAAAGAAGAAAAUCUUUAGAGAAAAAUUGGGAUGAGUUUACAUGUGAGAUGCCGAGGAGCCAGUAUGCAGCUGAUCAGGUGUCCAACGAUGGCAGCUAUGGGUAUUAUCUUCCUGAUGAUGAGGAGCAGCAGUACUUUGUGAACGACACCCUGACGUUCAACCUGCCACCGCACCGUGCCAGUAUAUAGUACAACGGUGCCAAGUGAUGUGCCAAAAACGUGACGAGUGAUGUGAAAGUGUAGUUGAUUGUGCCAAAACGAAACAACAGGGAUGUGGAGCGUUUGAUGUUCACGUUUUAUGAGCACAAUAUGUGGAGAUGGUUAACGUAAGUUACAAUAUUAUGUUCCCUUGUUAUUUGUCCUAUAAAUAGGACUUAAAUAGUACUAAUUCGUUAUUUGGCCAGGCAUAUUAGUAACCGCAUACAACCUAUUACCCAGGAAAAAUGCUUUUAAAAUAUUUUGCUCAUGAAAUCUAAACGUCAAGAAUAUCCUCCAAAACCCUUAGGAUAGUGUUAGUUAAAGCGAAAAAAUUAAAAAUAAAUGGGCCAAUUAAUUAAAGAUACUGUUAAAACUAGAAUUUUACAAUUUUGCUGUAGUAUAAAGUUUGAUCGUUAUAGCUUUUACACAUAGUGGGUUAGCCGUCGCGUUUUUUAUUAUAUUCUAUGAAUAUUGAGCUUGGCUUGUAGAUAUGUAUUGUAAAAAAAUGUUUUAAAGGCUUCUUGCUCGGUGAAGUGGUGGGAAUCACACAUUGCUUUUGUUGACAUUUGUCUUUCAUAUAGCAAGUUGGUAAGAUUAUAGUAAUGCAAUUACAAUGUCUCUUAUCUGUUCUUUUAAACUGGGAAUCGACCCUUUACUAAGUACAACCUGGGUAAACUGAACAUCAUACCUGGCUAUCAAAUACAAAUGUCCAAAAGAAGUGUGUUAUUACUCCAAUUUUUAAAGUACGUAAAGAGGUUUCGAAUAAUUGUUAUACCUACUGCAAAUUUUGGUUAAAUAUGGUACGAUUUGCGAUGCAAUUCUUAGUGAUAAAUAGCGAGGGUACUUGAAACAAAGGAGUUGCAGGUGCCUUGUGAUCGAGGUUAGGAGACCGGUUAACAAAAGUUGGGAUGGCAAUGAAUAAUGCACAAAGUUAAGUUUUUUCAUUCAAUCACAAUAAGUUUGAUUUUGCAUCACAUAUGUUUGUUACCAAACCAAUGUCUAUUUUGUUAGACUUUCUAAUAGGAUGUAAAGCAGAUACAAUCUGAAACAUUUUAAUUCAAACUGAAUUAUUUUGUUGUUGGAUUGCCUUCAAAAUUUUAAAUAAUCACUCGUUUUAUUAGGCGCAAAGAUAAUUCGAUAGGAGCGCUAAAUAGGAGCGCGCAUACUGUACUCUUUGGCGCACAUUGGGUGCUAGUUAGUCGUUGGGUGAGUUACUAAGCUAUUUGUUGGACGUAAGACUACUUGUCUAUGAACAGUAUUUGUACCUGAGGCACACCCUAGGGGUGUUAUAUAAAAAUCUCAUUCUUUCCGGGUGUCUCGUAAGGGCGAGCGGGACAGACAGUCCGUCGCUUAUCUUUAUUCCUUACGGCCAUUUAAGUAAGACUCAAGAGGGAGUGAGGUCGGCGAUACGAAUUGGUGCAGGACGAAAACACCGUUCUAUACGUAGUACUAUUCUUUAUUCUCUGCCUUAGGUUCGUACGCUUACGAAGGAGUCGAAUUCUUACGAAAACACGUCCAAAGUGCGAGGAUGAUUUUCGGCAUUUAGCCUGAUCUAUCAGUGUGGUUGAUUCACUUGUUCAGUUUAAAUUCCGGCUUCGAUUCUUUUCCAGUAAAAGAAAUAAUCUCAUUUAAACAAUGUGUUCUUAGAAGUAUUUCGGAGUAGUCAAGAGGGUUAAAACGGCCACAUUAAAACAAUUCACCUAAAAAUAAAUAUUGCAAUUUGAAAUCUGCACAUAUAAUCAAACAGUAAUAUUACGUUUUAGGUGGUUCUAAUGUGGCCUGUUUAUAAUCCCUGGUAACAAUACUGUUGAAUGUGCUAUUAUUUCAUUGUUGUGUGUAUAAACUACCACAUCCUAACUUGUGUUUCCAAGUAUUAUAUAAGUGUAGAUAUUUAUUUCAAAUAAACUACGAUUGUAAUAAAAUAUUUCAGUAUUAGAUUCCGCCAAAAUAUUUUAUGGUUCAACCAUUAUUAUAUGUUACUUAGUAACUAUUAUUUGAACUGUGCCAAAUACAGGUUUAUUGUCGUAAAUAAUUAUGCUCCAAGCCAAAUUGUUUUAAUAUUUAUUGUAUUUAAGUUACACAAAGUGAAACUUUAGUUCUUUAAAAAGAAUAAGAAAUUCUAGUCACAAAAAUAUUAUAUUACAUCAAACCAAAGGUUGAUUUAAAACUAUUAUAAAAGUAUUUAAUUAUGAAUAUAAAUUAACUGUAUAUUGAAGAACCGUAGGUCUUAAAAUAUUGAUAUUAAAUGGUACCUAACUAAUUUAUUUGUACUUUAUUUUUUUGAUUAAGUAAAUCAUGUGAUUGAUGUUUAAGAAAAGUAUUUAUUUAAAGAAUUAUGUUAACAAAAAUGUAAUACCUAGUACCCAUACUUAUGCCAGAAACAUAUUAUAAAUAAAUUGAUUGUUUAAGUAAAGCGAAAAUGACAGUAGCAGGCAAGAUGGAAUUAUUCUAUGUAGGUAUAUUAUUUAAAAGUUAUCUAUGUUUUGCCAUUUAGUAAUGCGAGAGAAAAAAAAAACAAAAACAUGUAACUUGAUUGCAUGCUCUGUGGUCUCAGAGAAAUUAGACGGGAGUUACUUUGGCUAACUUUACACCAUGAUAUAAGAAGACCAGGUAUGCUCAAAAGUGACAGCUAACAUUUCAAGGUUAGCCCAGCUGACGUCAUCCCGCCCUAUGUUACCGUUUUGUAAAAAAUAAAUUACCCACAACCAAUGUUUUUUUUAUAUUUACUUUGCAAGGAAAUUUUGAACUUUUAGUAAGAGAUUUACUUACAGUUUUAAUGAUUUUUAUAUAAUAAUGGCCCCGAUUCCUGCAAACACCGCCUAAUUUUAUUUUAAGUUAUAUCCGUCAUUUUCAUAUCCGUCGAAAAGGAAAGGGACGGAUGAUUCACAGCUCUUAAUUUUAGGAAGAAUGAGUAAAUGAAUGUGUCGGGUUAUUGACUGAUGUAAAAUUUUUAGACGGUUGGUUUUGAUUUGUGCUUAAAAUUGACGUUUGUUCCAUAAAUUUUAUGCUUGUCAAUUACCCGUCCCUUUCCUUUUCGGCGGAUAAGAAAAUGACAGAUAUAACUUAAAAUAAAAUUAGAUGGUAUUUACAGGAAUUAGCACCAAUAUGUGACUUUACGUCCUUGGAAUGUUGGAGAUACCAAUGUAAUGGUAACACUUACGACAUCAAUAGGCUAAGCAAUGGCGGUUUGUCAUACCUCUAGGAUUGAGCAUACCUGGUUUUUGUUAUACCAUGCUUUAUACUAAAUUUUUUCUGCCACUGUUUAGGGGAAGGGAGGCAUACACGUACCGUACAGCACACAUCUACUCCCUGCCUACUCAUAACAAAAUAUCAAGGUCUUUAUAAAAACAUAUCAAAACAAAACCGUCACACAAAAACAAAACACGAACCAACCGUUUAUGUACUUCGGCAGAGGGGAGCGCGUGCGCUUGGCAACUCCCAUGUAAUAAUUUCUCAGAGUCCGUGGUAGAUGAACAUUUUACAUGAUAGACUGAUGUCUUCUGUUCCUGGACAUAUAACUUCCACUUCCACUUUGAUUGUAUAAUAUGUUACUAUGUAACACUUCCACUAAUUAAUGUAUUGCAUUUCUAAUUUUACCUAUCUUAAGUCAUACCUAUAUUGAUAGAAAUAUGAAACCUUAAUCUUGAUUGUUAUUUUAUUUGCGCUGUGAUAAUUUAAUUUAGUAUUUAAUAAGCUUUAACUAUGAAUCUCUAUGACCUUUAAUAAACAAAAUAUAUGAAUGGUGGCUGGUAGAAACAAAAGGUAUUUUCGAAGAAAGAGUUGAAAACAAAUUCAGAUGGCUGCACGGGUUUGUCUUUGCCUUUCCCCAAGGGGAUAAACCAGUUUAAAAAAAUAUUGUAAAAUUAAAAUUAAUAAAUAUUUUUUUAAACAAAAUUAAACCUUAUAUAAUAUUUUUAUAUUAAGGUUUAAUUCCGACUAAAUUAACCAACUAGACUUUGGCAAUUUACGUUAUAAAAAUCUGAAAAUUGUAGACAAUCUUCAAAAGCUCAAAAAAAUAUCUAAAACCUAAUAAUCGCUGAAUGUGGGGGCUUUUCUGGUAUCCUGAGCCCCUCUAUUUGUUUUAUUUGAAAGUAAAGCUUCGUGACUCUCUGUAACAUAAUUAUAUUAGGCACAUCAUUUUGGAUUUGUUUUUUUGAAUUAAUAAUCAAGUACAACUUCAAAUUGUUCAAAGCUACCAUUUAUAAUAUCAUUUAUUUAUAGACUAGUAGGGUGCCAAACUAUACCUGAUGAAAAUGUUUGCUUCCAAAAAACGCACUUUACAAGAAGGAAUUUAAAUUAUAUCUUCUAUGGUAAAAAAUAACAAUAUUAGGUAUAGGUACCUAACCCACCUACCCUGUAAAAUAAGUACUUAUUAUUUAGUUCUGGCAAUAUUUCUAUCACUUAAGGUGUGUCCAAACAUUGAGCAACAAGAGCGCGGCAGCAACACGCGGCAUUUGUAGGACACAUUUCUGCCGCGCUCUAGUUUGGACAAAGCCAACUAAUGUUUGCGCGGCAGUACUGCGCGGCACAACCAAGAUAUGCCGCGCGCUUCUGUUGGCAUCAGAAUCAUGUUUGUGCGCAGAAAUACGUCCAAACACAAUUACUGCCGAAUGUUGACUAAGAAUGCUCGCGCGCGGCAGCUAGCCAGAAGCGUUCGCGCGCGGCUGUCGUCUAAACAGAGCGCGGCGGGCCGCGCGCGGCAGCCGCGCUCGAUUGCCGCUCGAUGUUUGGACACACCUUUAUAAUGAGAGAUUUUCCAGGUUAAGUUCCCCAAAACCAGUAUAGAUGGCGUUGUACAGAUUUAACGUGAUAAUUACCUAUUUUCUCAUUGCUCAGUAAUUAUUCAAAAAGAUUAUGUAAUGGCAGAGCUAUAUAUAAAAAUAAUUGUUGCAUGAUAUUUGGAUCAAAUAUGGUGAUGACGUAUUGUGCCUAGUGUAAAAUAACAAGGGUCAUCAUUAUGUAUAGUGUAUGUACCUACCUAAAAACAAAGAUAAAAGAUGCACAGCGCGGAUUGGUGGUUAUUAACGACUGCUAAUGCAGCCGGGUCCAACGGCUUAACGUGCCUUCCGAAGCACGGAGGAGCUCGAGAUGAAAACUUUUUUUUGUGGUCACCCAUCCUAUGGCUAACUUGUCCAUGAAAUUAGGAGGUUAAACGAAGGAAACAGUACAGCGCCAUUUUUUUUUUAAAACAGACUAGAAAGUUCUAAUUUGGAAAUUGCCUUACCCAUAUUUUUUAAAACGUUAUUAUGGAAAUUUUCACUUUUUGGUUGAAUAUUGACCAGUGUAGUCAAUGAAACGAGUAGAGUACGCGAUACGACAGAAGUCCCGCGGAUUGCAGUACAGAUACUGCGAAAACUAAAUGACAAGUCAUACUAAUUCUAUACAAAUACUGCGACGAUAGCGCCGCGGCCACGGGAAUUCUUUCGUAGCGUAGACUGUAAAGAGAACUUAUUUCUUUUUACUCUUUUUUGAUAUGUACUGGCCGUUUUUAUGUUACUUUUUUGUUAUAAAUUAAAUUCGUAUAGAAAAUUCUGGCUGGCUGAUAGAUAACUGUAUGAAUUUGGACUUGGGUUAUAAAUUCUACCGAUCUAGUUUUACAAUAGUCAAUUCUAAUUGGGAUGAAAAUCUACUCAAACGUCCAUGGAAACGUCGCCAAGUUUUGGCCUCAAAAAUUUAAAAAAUUGUCAAGUUAUAUCCGAGGUCUAAAUUAGUGCGGGCGUAUGGUGUGAGAUGCGUUUACUAGUUAUGGACAACAUUCCGCCGUAACUAGCUAAGAUACUACGAAGUUUGCGUAGUCACCCUAACCCGUGUAAGAUAUUUACAUGUAUGAACAUUAUGGUCCGAUUUUGAUUAAAAAUCUCGGUUGUAUUAUAAAACAGUGUCUUUAUAGGCUAUGCGAGUACUACUAGGAAAACGCCAGUAUAACACUGUACCUACCAGUGCGAUUGUACUUACAGUGUACUAUUUGUAUAAAAUAUGUAGUCUGUAAUACGUCUGUGGACUUGAAAGUGCGAUCGUAAGCGGUCUGAGUAAAUUGUAAUUUAUAAAAAUGUAACAUAAAUCGAAUUUCAUUAAAAAAUACAAUAUGA